AUGUAUAUGUUUGCAAUAUGGGCUAAAUAUAUUCAAGACUAUUUAUCAUCAGUUGAUCGUGAAUUGAUUGCAGAGAUUUUGGAGAGAAAAAAUACAAGAGAUUUCAUAAAAUACACAAAUAAUUUAUAUAGCGAAAGCGUGUUAAUCCAAAUAGUUGAAAAUGUUGCUAAAUUAAUUACAUUACAAAUCCCUAGACUGGAAUCCAUCUCAAUUACCACAUCUAACAAUUCGAAAUCAUUUUGGAAUAUCUAUGACAAUUUACAUGUAGAGCAUCCGGAAGUCAGCAAUAGGUGUUUUUCACAAAUCAAAAGGUUUGAAUGGACAGCUGGUGAUAAUGGUGUAAAAUUUUUGACAAAUUUUAUAAGGAUUUCACGUAAUAUAAAAGUACUCAAGAUUGAUUGGGAUGACCAUUGGUUUGCUAAAGAUGACUUGUACAAGAAUGAUGAUUUGCUUGUAAAUCUAAUUAAAAAUCAAAAUGCAUUGGAGGAAUUUCAUAUGUUCUUUUAUACUCAAAAUGGGAUUCCAAAAAUAAUUGAAGGGCUUGAAUACCAAUCAAAGCAUCUAAGGAAAAUAGUGCUAAAAAGAAAUAGGAUUCAUGAUGGAGAAAUGUCAAGCCGUGUUCCUAACGAAGAACUACCGAUACUUGAAGCUUUAAUUUGUAUUAGAAAUCGACUUCAUGCUUUAAAAAAAGAUCGAGCAAAUUAUAUCAGAGCUUCGGCUGUAAUUGAAAUAUAUGAAGAAGUAACUGAACAAGUUAGAAAAUUGAAUGAAAUUCGAGAAUUAACGAUCCAAGAACCAAAAAGUAAUAAUCGUGUCAAUGAUGUUCUUGAUGAUGAAACAUUGAAAAUGCUCAGAGAAUCAGAAUCUAAUAUCAGUGAUGAACUUUUACCUGUACAUCAACGACUUGUAGAAAUCAAAAGACUUCUUGGAGAUCUUGGGUUGUCUGGUUCUCAAUCAAAUGAUAUUCGACUUAUCCAGGAUGAACUCCGUGAAAUCGAUUCUAAACGAAUAGAUGGUAAAUUUAUGGCAUCGGACGACUCGAUUCCAACAGGACAAGCUCAAGUAAUUUCUCUUUUGGAAGAGUGUUACGAGCAUGUACAUGAAUUGAUUGUUACCCAAGAUUGUGUAGCAGGAACUUUAAAACAUAUAUAUGAUCGAUUAAUUGAACUCAAGUCACAACUUGAAAAUUUGGUUUUAACUCAUCGUUGGACAUUAAGAGAAACAGAUUUAUGGAUGUAUCAAAUACAAUUAACAGAAAUUGAUAAUAUGAGAAAAGAUGGAAAAUUUUAUGACAAGGACGGAAAUGUUCCUGAAGGUCAAACGGUGCUCCUUUAUUUACUGCAUAAAUGUUACCGUUUAAUAUAUAAGCUUCUUAGUUCUAGUGAACCAAUUGCCGAACCUUUAAUGCCAAUUCAUAAUCAACUUCAAACAGUACGAAAAUUUUUAAAAGAAAUAAAAAAAUUUGGUACUCCAUUUACAGCAAGAGAACUUUAUCCAUAUCAGAUGAAACUUGCAUCAAUUGAUAAUCUUCGAGUAGAUGGGAAAUUUAUCGAUGAUGAUGGAUCUAUACCAGAAGGUCAAGGCAUAAUCGCGGCCUGA